AUGGCCGGCUGGUUACUCAUACGGUCGAUAGUCUCAAUGGUCGUAUUGGUCUCGGCGAGUGUCGAUCGAGAUUGCGAGAAGGAUGGUAUGGACUGCGUCUCGUCCCUCACUGACAGCGUCUCGGCCCAGUUCACUCGUGCUAAAGUAGAUCUAGUCCCGACCAGUGAUCAGGACUUAGACCUAGAUCAAGCUAAAAUACCGGGGUUUUUCUCGAAGGAUAUGAGAGAAAAUUACUUCCAGGUGUUUGAGGCGGAGGUGAUCGGGGUUGAAAACAAUGUGGUCCAGAGCGAGAGUCGAAUCCGAGCUGUUGUGGACCUCUCUAAAGUCGUUGACAAGGAGGGUUCGACCUUCCACCUGGAGAUAGACAAGCUCUUCGACUUGUACAACAACGUCGCCGUGAGGUACUUCCCUGUCAACACUGACUCAGGGACUAAUACGCUCGAGAAAUGGAUGUCCGAUGAGAAAACAGUGCGGGACCAUCUCAGUUCAGUGUACCGCAUUCUCGAGGCAAAGACAGUACAGCAAGAGGGGGAGUUGGAGGAGAUGAGGGUCGUGUUGUCUAACGCGGUGCAGAAAAUGCAGGGAAUCCACUCACACGUAUCUAAGGUCCUUACAGCCGUUGCCAAUGCGGAGACGGCAAUGUACGAGUGGGCCUACAACGUUACAGUGAAAGUGAACUCUCAGACAACCAAAAUAGUCAAUCUCGCCCAAGGUAUGGAGUAUCGUAUUGCUCAAAUCGACAAUGCCGAGAUUGAGAUGGCAAGGAUGUCCAACCUAAUCCUCAGCUUGGCUCGUCAUUUCCACGACGGCGAUAUCACUGAUGCUGCUGAGCAAAUGGUGGUGCAUACCAGCGAGGAGAAACUCCGGCCUUAUGGAAAGGAUGGUGCUAGUUCUGCGGCAGGCGGCGGUCCAUUCUUUGCUGUGACCUGUUCAGUCCACACUUCCUCAGAAGGCGUCGGGGGGCCGACCUUGAAGGAGAUCGCCGGCACGUUGAGUGAGAUGCCGGAGAUCCUCGCCGCACCUCAGAGAUCUAUUAUGCAUUCUUGUCGGAUGAAUCUGGACUCCUCCACGGUGGACAGGCCCAGGGGGGCAGCCUCCAUCGGCGCCUCGGGUAUCUGCUGGGCAGAUAUGGAGAGCAGUGAUGAUGAUGAUGACAGCAUGUCGUUUCCGCUACCUUCUGACACGAGGGAGAUGCCUAAGGCUGCUGUCAAGUGCGGACCUGCACCGACCUCUGAGGCUGGUGAAUUAGCUCGCAGACUGGCUAGACUGACCAGAGCAGCUGAGGCUGAUGCUGGGUCUCGAGGGGGAGGGUUUGGCUUUCUUAUGGACCGACCUUCUGGAGUUCUCCCUGAAGAUUCCAAAGGGAGCGUUUCGUUGUUGAUCCCUGGAUUUGACGAUAGCAAGCGCAGUCAUAAGCGGUGUUUUAGCAGUAGUAGUUGCAGUAAAGACUCGGGAGAUACAUCCACGGCUAGCAAGUUCCGAAGAAUUGCCGAUGGCUCCAGGCUAAUGGUUAAUGGUCCGAGUGCAUUUCCUGAGGCGGGAAGUGAUCCUAUUUUCGGUCACGAUGGCGAUCCUCAUACAAACCUCGAGGGGAAGGUUGAAUGUGCUGAGCGGAAGAAUAGGAAACGCUAUAGAAUAGCCCGACGACGGCAGACUGCUGCCACUGGGACGGUGUAG